CGCUGCAUGAUGUCAUUCAUCAGCACACACUCACACAUAGAGCCCGCUCGCAAGCAACCGCGCUGUUUACAUUCUGAACGCAGUGACUUCACGGCGACAAUCCGUGUCUGUGAUUUAUUUAUUUAAUUAUUUAUAAUACAUAGUUAUUAGUUACCUAGUUCAACAUGGCAAACAACAGGGCCGCCAAAUCUGGAUUCGCCGCCGAAGCUCAGAGAAAGAUCAACAGCAAAUACAGCGAGGAGCUCGCUCAGGAAUGCCUGGAGUGGGUGCGCACGAUCACCGGCCAGCCGGAAAACGUGUCUGGGGACAUGGACAACUUCUAUGAAGUCCUGAAAGACGGCACUUUGCUGUGCAAGUUGGUGAACAACAUCCAGCCUGGCAUAGUGAAGAAGGUGAACGAAUCAAAGAUGGCAUUCAAAUGCAUGGAGAACAUCAACGCGUUCCUGGAAGCGGCAAAGAACCUCGGCGUGCCUGCGCAGGAGACCUUCCAGACUGUCGAUCUGUGGGAGAGACAGAACCUGAACUCCGUGGUCAUAUGCCUCCAGAGUCUUGGCAGGAAGGCCCACAAUUUCGGCAAGCCAUCCAUAGGCCCGAAGGAGGCCGAGAAGAACGUUCGGAACUUCUCGGAGGAGCAGCUGAGGGCUGGCCAGGGAGUGAUCUCCCUCCAGUACGGCUCCAACAAGGGCGCCAACCAGAGUGGCAUCAACUUUGGCAACACGAGACACAUGUAAACCCCGACAUCCUAACAUCACUUUGAACUGGUUGACAUUAAAAUUUAAUUUAAACAGGAUCGUUCUAAGCAAAAAGCUAUAGAUUUCU